UACUCCCAACUCGGAAACAAAGCGUUUAGUAUGGGCUACGUGUGUUUUAAGUAGAGCUCUUCUGUGGUGAAGCCUGAACUUCCCCAGCGGAGACGGACAGACCUGUACAGGAAUGAGAGGCCAACUUGUCAUCGCUGGGGCCGCCUGCUGUCUGCUGUUUGUUUCAGGCCUCGCCUUGGACUGUAUUGUAGGAAACGGGGCAUCCUACCGAGGAACAGUCUCUGUGACCAAAACGGGAAAGACGUGUCAAGAGUGGGACAGUCGGACGCCGCACGAACACAACUAUGUACCUGCUGACUAUCCGGCAUCAGGGCUGGAGCAGAACUACUGCCGGAAUGUUGGCGACUGGCACGAGGUCUGGUGCUACACCACGGACCCCAGCUCGAGAUGGGAGGGGUGUGACGUGCGAGCCUGCGGUGUGAAUGCCGCACUGGGGAAGACGGCGCAACAAUCAAGUAUCUCGUCUAACGGGGCCCCCAGCCGUGCCGUGGACGGGAAUUACGAUCCCAACUACUUCGCUGAUACCGCUUCCUGUACACACACUGAGGAGGAAGCUAAUCCCACCUGGUGGGUGGAUCUUGGUCGACCGAUCAUGUUUGGCAGGGUGAUCAUCAUUAACCGCGGGGACUGUUGUCAGGAACGACUCAACCCCUUCAACAUCCACAUCGGGGAUUCCGAGCUCAUCCACACGAACCCCAAGUGUGGAGGUGACCAUCAAAUCGACGUGAACCAGCCGGCCAUUUCCGUCCCGUGUGAGGGGAUGAGGGGCCGUUAUGUGGGCAUCCGUCUCCCCGGCACCCCCAGAAUACUGACUCUGUGUGAAGUACACAUAUCGGCGGAAGUCAUGAAGUGCUCCCCUGGGUAUUUCCGCUGUGCAAACAAGUACACGUGCAUCCUGUCAUGGAGGCGUUGUGACGGGACCCCAGACUGCUCGGACGGUAGUGAUGAGGAAGAAUGCGUGUGCUCGAGAAUUCAUAAGGAUUUCCAGAUCAGAAGCAGACUCACCAUGUUACCAAAUCAGCUGCACCAGGCGACGUUCGACGAUAUACAAAAUUCCACUGCCGUGGAGCUUCUCAACAGUUCCUACAGCAUCGCGGGGAAACACCAUCCGGAGCUACGAGAAUUCGUGUCUACUGUACUUUUCCCGAGGUGCAAUUUGACUAAAGAGAACAUUGGCAGACAGCUGCUGCCGUGCCGUUCUUGGUGCGAGGAAGUGUUCAGCAUGAGUGGUGACCUGAUGAGGGACCUUCUGCCGCCAUGUGAGGUGUUCCCGUCACCACCGCACCGCUGUUGGAACCCGGAACCAGAUAAGAAUGAAGGAAGCACGGAAGUUUGUUACUAUGGCACUGGCAUAAACUACCGUGGAACUUGGAACACAACUACUUACGGGGCAAAGUGUCUUGAGUGGUCAGCCGAUAACUACAAGACUGAUUACCCCUGGGCUAACCUGGACAAAAACUACUGCCGCAACCCUACCGGUCUCCAGCGGCCAUUUUGUUUGACCGAGGACGGUAGCAAGGAGGAGUGUGACGUCAUCCCCUGCAACUCCGUCAGCUGUGCAGACAGGGGGCCGCCAACCAACGGUAAGAGAACUCCGAGCAAAAGGUUUUACCUGUUGGACGAAAAGGUGACGUACACGUGUAACGAUGGCUACAUGCUGGAGUACGGUUAUCCUCGGGAAGUCAGAUGCCAACAGGGGAACUCCUCGUCCGUCGGCGUCUGGGAACAUCACAUGCCCACUUGUUCAGUUAACUACAAGCGGAGGCUGCAAAAGGAGCUACUAGAGACAUACAGUGCGAGUCUGGCACCUGAAGAAAAUGUCACCAUCAACUUCACGGGGGUAGUGGAAGAAAUCGUUGACUUGGAUGAAAAGAAGGAGCAGCUUCUCGCUUCUUUGAUCAUCGACUUUACAUGGUACGACGCUCGGCUGAAGUGGGACCCAAAGUAUUACGGUGAUAACGACAGGUUCAGCAUUCCUGGCAAGGAUAUUUGGAUCCCACCAUUUACUCUCAGGAAGAAUGCCAACCCCCUCCACCAAGGCCUACCCAAGGACGUGCCGGUGCGUGUGAGCAGCACCGGUCUGGUCCAGUGGAGAGUGGAGACCCUGACCACCACCGUGUGUGAAGCCAACCCCUUCCUCUUCCCCGCAGACACCAUGGAAUGCGAAGUCUGUUUUUCUGCAACCACGGCAAUCGAGCAAACCAUACAAUGCCACGAGGGAAGCUCCGCAUCCAAUGUGCGCCAUCCCUGCGGCUUCUACUCCCCAGCAGAAGAGGAUGGAGAAUGGUACCGGAGUGUUAAGAUAUCCGACGAACAAAACCAGACGAAGGCGUGCUUUGCCCUACACCUGGCGAGGAUCCCCAAGUUCCACAUCGCCACUACUGUUGGACCCUGCGUCAUCCUGAUUGUGCUGAUGACCAUCACCUUCAUAAUGCCCAUAGGAGUGGGAGACCGGAUCUCCUUCGGAGUGACCAUUCAGCUCUCUAUGGUCGUCUCUCUCGUGUUUGUCACGGAAGUUCUUCCUGUCAAGGGAUCUCUGCCAUUUUUCGCCACGGUGAUCAUCGUGUGCAUGGGCCUGAUGGGACUGUUCCUCUUCCUCACCUUGGCCGUCAUCUACAUUCACGGCAAAAAGGGGAGCUUGUCUCCGAUGACGAGGGUUAUUUUCCUCCGCUACACAGCAAGGAUAUUACUUCUGGGAGAUCUCACGGAGGGCAAGCAAGCCAGCACGGGUGUCGCCUAUGAAGAUCCCAUGACCAACUUGUUUGACCGUGACAUGACGUCCACUGGAUCCUCGGGAGAGAACGAGCCGAUGUUGAUGACCACUGAGGCGGUGAAGAAAGAAAACGAGGACCUGGUCCAGGCUGUGAAGAUUGGCAUGACCGAGUUGAAGAACGAGAUGAAGAAGCUGACCAAGGCAGUAAAGAACGAGGAGGAGGUGUCCGAAUACACCCUGCUGGCCAAGGUCCUGGACAGGCUGUGUCUGAUCCUGUACGUCAUCAGCAUCGUGGUAGCCAUUCCUUUUACCUUGUCCAAAGAGUGAUGUAGCUCCAAAAGUAACCCGAUGUGGUAGCAGUAUAUUAAAGGCGAAGUAUCUGGAAUUUUCAUCAAGCAGCAGCUCUGUUCUUGUAGUCAUUUCAAUACUAUCAAUCCAAUAGCAUUAGUCGCCUUGUGGGAUAAGCUGGCGGUGUUGAAAUAUGUGUUAAGUAUUUAGUCUUUGUUUGACCAGGUAUUUGAUCGGGGAAAGAGCAUGAUGUAGCUCCAGAGUUGACAAGCUGUGGUAGCUGUAUAAGUAUGCACAACGCCACAAACUCAGCAAGCCACAUGUCAAACUAUCUGCAAUUUUCAUCAAACAACAGCCUUGUAUCUUGUAGCAUGAUGCAGCUUAGUCAUUUUGGCACUAUUCGUCCAUUAAAGUUAAGAUUUCUUGUGGGAUACGCUGACUGCUGUGUGAAAAGCUAUUUGUUGAAAGAUAUGUUAAGUUAUCUAGCCCUUACCCAUUAAGAAGGAGGUUUAAAUAGCUUUGCCACUAACAAACACUGUGUUUGUUUUUAAAAUUAGAAAAAUCAGUUACUGUGUGACGAUGUGAAAAUGCAGCAAACGCUUGCUCACCUGGAAAUGAUCAAAAACUAAGACGUUUUAAGAGGGUUUUGUUGAAUGUCACCUUAUGUUAUGUGUUUGAAACAUAAUCUUAUAGCCAAUUGUCAAUCUGAGAAAAUCAGACUAAAAUCUUUAAGUAGAUACAUUUUAACAUCUCAUCAACUAGUUUGUUUUUACCAUAUGUAACCAGAGCACUGUCAGAGAAUUGUCAAUCUCAGAAAAUCAUUAAGGUCUACAACUACAAUGGCAAAGACUAAAAUCUUUAAGUAGAUACAUUUUAACAUCUCAUCAACUAGUUUGUUUUUACCAUAUGUAACCAGAGUACUCUAGAAAACUUUUAUCUUCAAAUAUGUAGACCUAUUACCUUACAGUUUGACUAGAAUGCAUGAUAUCUUAAACACCAUAUUAAACAACAUUAAGUUCGGACUGAGCACUCAAUACUUCUGUAAUACAUGCUAUGAUGUGUCCUGAUGCUUUCAUUUACAAUAAAACAAAUUCAAAUCGUAAAACUAAUUGUUGCAAUGACUAAAUGCAUUUUGAUGUACGUGAGACUAGUGGGUAAUCUACCGCAUUAUGUGAAGUAGCAUGCAUGUUUAAGUUCCUGAAAUUAAUAUCUAUCGGAAAAUAAUACCCUCUUGUGGCGAUAAUUUUUGAAAAUAAUGCAUGUGGUGAGAUUUAUAUUGCUCAUCCGACUUAAUUUGUCAACAUAUUAUGUCAUAUACAUGUUAAACUAUGAAAUAGGCUUCCUCUUUUGGUCCGUGUUGUCCAUAAUGAUACUGUUUUGAUGAUCAAGCAUGACUAGGACCUCUCAACAUUAUAUUUGCGCAGCGUUCUUACAAGUUAUGCUACAUUUAUCGUGAAUCAUAACCACUUUAAUAACUGGUAUAUCAAGUUUGACUGUCACGUUCUGGCGUUUGUUGGCUGGAUUGUAGCUGUGGCAUAUUGUUCAUGGAAUUACAAUCAUCGUAAUAACCCAGUUAAGAAUCA